GGCCCGGCUCGGCCCGGCCGCCCGCGCACGGCUCCUGGAGAGCCCCGGGCCCGGCCCGGGCGGCGGCGGCGGCUGUAGCCCGAGGCCUCGGCGGUGCCCUAACGCCGCGCCGCAGCCAUGGCCCUGGUGACCCUGCAGCGUUCGCCCACGCCCAGCGCCGCCUCCUCCUCCGCCAGCAACAGCGAGUUGGAGGCUGGCAGUGAUGAGGAUCGCAAGUUAAACCUCAGCGUAAGUGAGAGCUUUUUCAUGGUGAAAGGAGCAGCCCUCUUCUUACAACAGGGAAGCAGCCCUCAAGGCCAGCGAAGUCUCCAGCAUCCCCACAAGCAUGCAGGGGACUUGCCUCAACAUCUUCAAGUAAUGAUCAACCUUCUGCGUUGUGAAGAUAGAAUCAAGCUGGCUGUGCGCUUGGAGAGUGCCUGGGCGGAGCGGGUCCGCUACAUGGUGGUGGUGGACAGCAGCGGGCGCCAGGACACCGAGGAGAGCAUCCUGCUGGGAGUCGACUUCUCCAGUAAGGAGAGUAAAAGCUGUACCAUCGGGAUGGUUCUCCGACUGUGGAGCGACACAAAAAUCCACCUGGAUGGAGACGGUGGAUUCAGCGUCAGCACAGCAGGAAGGAUGCAUGUCUUCAAGCCCGUGUCUGUCCAGGCCAUGUGGUCUGCCCUGCAGGUCCUCCACAAGGCCUGCGAAGUGGCUCGAAGGCACAACUACUUCCCCGGGGGUGUAGCGCUCAUCUGGGCCACCUACUAUGAGAGCUGCAUCGGCUCUGAGCAGAGCUGCAUCAAUGAGUGGAACGCCAUGCAAGACCUGGAAUCCACACGGCCCGACUCUCCCGCCCUGUUUGUGGACAAGCCAACCGAAGGGGAGAGGACUGAGCGUCUCAUUAAAGCCAAACUCCGCAGCAUCAUGAUGAGUCAGGACCUGGAGAAUGUGACAUCCAAAGAAAUCCGUAAUGAAUUAGAGAAACAGAUGAACUGUAACUUGAAAGAAUUCAAGGAAUUCAUCGACAACGAGAUGCUGCUUAUCUUGGGGCAGAUGGACAAGCCCUCCCUCAUCUUCGACCAUCUUUAUCUCGGCUCUGAAUGGAAUGCAUCCAAUCUGGAGGAACUGCAGGGCUCAGGUGUUGACUACAUUUUAAAUGUCACUAGAGAAAUCGAUAACUUUUUCCCUGGCUUAUUUGCAUAUCAUAACAUCCGAGUCUAUGACGAAGAGACUACAGACCUCCUCGCCCACUGGAACGAGGCGUACCAUUUUAUAAACAAAGCAAAGAGGAACCAUUCCAAGUGCCUGGUCCAUUGCAAAAUGGGUGUCAGUCGCUCGGCAUCCACGGUCAUAGCGUAUGCCAUGAAGGAAUUUGGCUGGCCCCUGGAGAAAGCAUACAACUACGUGAAGCAGAAACGCAGCAUCACGCGUCCCAAUGCGGGCUUUAUGAAGCAGCUGUCUGAGUAUGAAGGCAUCUUGGACGCCAGCAAACAACGGCACAACAAGCUGUGGCGGCAGCAGACGGACAGCUGCCUCCAGCAGCCUGUGGAUGACCCUGCGGCGCCUGAGGACUUCCUGCCAGAGACCCUUGACAGCACCCCGGAAGCCCAGCCACCCUGUUUGGAUGAUGCCGCCCAGCCUGGGUUCCCAGGCAGCAGGGCCCCAGGGGACCCUGCUCUCCCCUGCUGUUUCCGGCGACUCUCAGACCCCCUCCUGUCCUCCCCCAGUGAUGAGAGCGGUGGCUUGGUCCAACUGGAGGACCUGGAGAGGGAGGCUCUGCUGGAGGAAGCCACUCAGCCUGCGGAGGCGUACAAGCCAGCCCGACAUCCCCAGGAAGGCCCUGGACUCUGUGAGAAGGACGGAAAGAAGAAGCUAGAGUUCAGGAGUCCCAGAGCAUGGGGCAGCUCAUCGUCACCACAGGUGGAGGACAUGGAAAGGGAGGAGGCGCCGCUGCCGCUGCCGGGAGCAGGGAGGUGGGGGCGGCCCACAACCCAGCUCGAUAACCUGCUCGACCGGGAAAACCUCAAUAACAACAACAGCAAGAGGAGUUGUCCUGACGACUUCGAGCAUGACGCUAUCUUUGGGAUCCUUAACAAAGUGAAGCCUUCCUACAAGUCCUGCGCCGAAUGCAUGUACCCUCCAGCCAGCGGGCCUCCUGAGGCCCCCGGGGAGCGAGGCAAGAACCCCAGCACUCCUGCCAUCUGCAUCCAGCCCACCUUCCUGCCCCACCUCGGGUCUCCCCCCAUGGCCCACUUGUCUAGCAGGUCCCGAGCUUCGGAGAAAAUGGCCUCUGGCCCAACCGAAGCACCCCCAUUCCCGCCACCAGGAGGCUCAAGGAGGCCAGACAGUGGGGGUUCUGGGGCAGGUGCUGCCCCAGAGCUGCCAGCCAGCCUUUUGGAACCUUCCAGAGAGACUCAUAAAGUCCUACCAAAGUCCCUCCUCUUGAAGAAUUCUCACUGUGAUAAGAACCCUCCCACCAUGGAAGUAGCAAAGGAGGAAUCGCCACCCAAGAAAGAUCUAAAGCCAGCCAAGGACCUGCGGCUCCUGUUCAGCAAAGAAUCUGAGAAACCGACCACCAACAGCUACUUGAUGCAGCACCAGGAAUCCAUCAUCCAGCUGCAGAAGGCGGGCUUGGUCCGCAAGCACACCAAAGAACUGGAAAGGCUGAAGGGCAUGCCCACCGACCCUGGGUCCCCCUGCAGGGACGGUCCCGCCGGCAGGCUGGAGGCCAGCAUUCCCGAGGAGAACCAGGACCUGGCUCCUGGGGACGACGACGAGAGGCCCGAGGCCAGCCCCCCUCCGUCGGAGGGAGCUCUGCUAAAGAGCCCCCCGCCUUUCCUCGGCCGCCCGGACCACACCAGUCACUUCUCAAAAGACUUUCUGAAGACCAUCUGCUACACCCCCACCUCAUCCUCCAUGAGCUCUAACCUGACCCGGAGCUCCAGCAGCGACAGCAUCCACAGCGUCCGAGAGCCUGGGCUGGUGAAGCAGCGCACACAGGAGAUCGAGACCCGGCUCCGGCUGGCGGGCCUCACCGUCUCGUCCCCGCUCAAGCGCUCACACUCCCUCGCCAAGCUCGGGAGCCUCAACCUCUCCACGGACGACCUGUCUAGUGAGGCCAACGUGUCCACCGUCGCUGACUCCCAGGAUGCCAAGCUGAGCGAGUCUUCCUUCUUGCAGGAGCCCCAGGCUGCCCCCAGGGACCCUGCUGUCACCUCGAAACCAUCAGGGAAAUCUGUCCCGGAAAACUUGAAAAACCCUUUGUGGAUGAACAGAAGCUGACCCGCCUUUUGCUGCGUUCAGACUUGUGAUCCUUCCCUUAGUUUCACUGUGGAUUUUGGUCCACUGUUUCCAUCUUAAUUUCCCUUCAACAAUUGGCAUGAUCCUCACUUUUCCUCCCCUCUUGCUAAAAAGGGGAGAAGAAGACACAAAAAUAACUUUAACACACAGCACAAGGGAGAAAAGGGAGUAUCAGUCAUGUGGCCUGGGAGACCCAGCAGCUGUCGGCCAGUAGACUCUGACCCUGCCCCCAAAUCAGGUGUUUCCGAAAGACUCAUAUUUCAAGAGGUACAUAUACAGAUAUGCACACACAUCAAAAACACUGUGCACAACCUGCAGAAGAAUAGCUGUGGCGAUGGCGUCACCACCACGGCGCAUGUUCUAGCUCAAUCAGGCCCUUGUGGGAAAACUCAUGGAUGGCAGUGGAAAUCCUACCUCUGUUCCUGCUGUGCUUUUUAUUCUUAAAAUCCAGUAAUGACCAAGACUCAUUCCAGGGGAAAAUGCUGUGUCGGAAAAGAUUUUUCCAGAGGAGAACUUGUUGGGACCCACCCCAAAAGUGGUAAGACUUUCAAGUCGACUAGACCAAGCACUGCUCAUUAAAGUGACAUGAAGGCGAGGCAUGCUGUUAUUGGACCAACUUGGGCACACAGAGGUCCUCUGUGUGGGCGAAUUCCCUGUCCUGGUGUGUUUUAUAGCUGAGUGUCAUGUGUCUGGCCAGCCUUGGUGUGAGGUGGGGGGACACGUGUGGUGUCCUCAGUCAGUUGCCCCCACCCCCAAUCCGGAGAGAAAGAUCCACCAGGUAUCGUGGAGUCUCAUCUGCUGGGAAACCCAAUGUGGUUGUGCUGUGGUUUUGAGGGUACAUGAUGUCUGGCAGGGCCAGCAGUUCUGAGACAUGGGUUGCCCUGCCGGGAGCCCUGGCACAUAGGUUCAUUAGGUCACAUCUGCUCACGUUUGGGGAGGAAAAGGAGAUUUCAGCAUUGAGGAACCCUCUGUCCCUCUCUAGGAACUACUGAGCAGCAGCUUCUCUGAGAAGCGAGACAGGAAAGCCUCCCAAAAGUGUUUACAGAUGCUGCCUCCUGUGUCUCUGAGGCUCUUCCUAGCAGGCAGGACGGCAUGUGGUCCCACCUGGCUCUGGGGUGCAGCUCUGCAGGUCAUGUUGCCACUGGCUCUGGGCUUGAAUGGAGGGACUCCUGAUUGUCAGCUGACAAGACAGGAUCAUGCAAUAUUUUGAAGAGAGAAAAGAGGCUUGGUUGGGUUUAAUUCAGGGGUCAGCAAAUGAUGAUGUACGGCCACAAGCACUAAGAUUGUUUUUUUACCUUUUUAAGAAGGGUUGUCAAAAAAUUAACAGUGACAGAGACGUGUAGCCUGCAAAGCCUCAGAUAUUCUACAAUCAGGCCCUUUAUAGAAAACAUUUGCGGGAAUUCCCAUCGCAGCUCAGUGGAAACAAAUCUGACCAGUAUCCAUAAGGCUGCAGGUUUGAUCCCUGGCCUUGCUCAGUGGGUUAGGGAUCUGGUGUUGCUGUGAGCUGUGGUGUAGGUUGCAGAUGGGGCUCGGGUCCUGCGUUGCUGUGGCUGUGGCAUAGGCCAGUGGCUACAGCUCCAAUUCGACCCCUAGCCUGGAAACUUCCACAUGCCGCAGAUGUGGCCCUAAAAAGACCAAGAAAAAGAAAAGAAAAUAUUUGCUGAGCCCUGAUUUUACAUGACAACACAGGGCCUCCAGGAAGAAACUGGGCAAGUUGGAAGCCUCCUUGCCUCUUUGACACCUCAGGCCAAACCCUUCCUUCCUCCCCACCUGGUCUUGCCCACCGACCUCUCGCAUGUCUCUGGCAGCCAAGGGUGUACAUCAGGGGCCCCUGCUAGCUGAAGCUGGAUUAAUUCAGUGAAACUAGAAAGGCUUCAAGGGCCAGCCAGUUUCCAAAAGUGGAUAAAUGAGUUUCUGUCUUACAUUGGUCAGAACUGGGCCCCCACGAGCAGCUCAGGAAGGAUCCCCAGAAACACGGCUCGUACCUUUUCCACCUAGAGGGGAGAGUUUUUGCAAACACCCUCUCUCCAGAAACUUUCCCUGACCUUUUUUUUUUUUUUUUUUAAAGUAUGUGUUAUUUUACUUUAUAGGAAUUUGUUUUCCCACCACCGUCAAUUGAAAUCACCUUGAAAGGUGAUUAUCCACUUAUUCCUGAAAACCCAUUUGGGUUUCCUCUCUCUCUCAGCCAACAAGAGCAUCGUCUCAAAAAAGUAUAUCAGGUUCAGUGUUUUGCCAAAUUAAGUUUCAUGUGGUAGAUCAGUUUAGGUGUCAAAAUAAUCCUUUAGAUGAUGACAGGCUUACAAAAUUGGGUUUUUUUUUAACCAUGCCUGUGUGGGAUACAUUUUUGAAAACCAUAAUUUCUCUUAUCCAGUUAAAGGGUGGGAGGAGGAUUAUGAAUAUGAGUGGGUCUUGGGCUUUUGGCACACUUAGCCAUUCGUUUUUCAGAAGAUAGUAUAUCAACAUCUAAACAGCCCAGGGCCCAAGGCCCCAUCAUCGGAGCAAAAUGCAGCAUUCUUGAUGGAUAAUACUCUCUAGCCUGGAGAAAAGGAUGAAGGUUUUUCUCCAAGACCCAGAUCAGCCGCGUAUAAACACGCAGCAGAUGGCUAUUUUAAAUGUUAAACCAGCAAGACAAGAGCAUUCUGCCAGGCUUGGGGGCACCUUGGCAAAGACUGAUCCAUACUGGUCUCUGAAAAGAGUCUGUAUCAUAAGCUAUGCCGUAUCUUGACCAGUGCUUCAUCUGCAAGCUUAGCAGACGAGCCAGAUUCCAAAUAUGCUGUGAAAGUCAUGAAUUUCAGUGACUGCCAUCUUCAUGGAAUGACUUUGUUGAAUUAGGCGAGAACAAAAACUUUCUACAUCAGCUUGAUACCCUGUGAAUUCGACUGUAUUUCCUCUUCCACCUCACCUUUCCCUCCCUUUCACUCUGAUUUUCACCACCUGCCAAAAUUAGACCCAACUUGUCUACGCCUUCCUCUUGCACUAAUACAGAGAGGUCUUCUAGUCAUGUUUCAAUCUCAGAGAGAGGAGAAACCGUGCUGCCCUCUCAUCAUGACUUGACCAUGCCAGUUUCCAUUUCUUUGCUACUUCAGGGCCUUGGAGCAAUGUAUGUCAUUGCACGAACUUCUUAAGAACAAGGCUAUUGGAGUUCACAUUGUGGUUCAGCAGUAAUGAACCUGACCAGUAUCCAUGAGGAUGCGGGUUCGAUCCCUCGAUCAGUGGGUUAAGAAUCCAGCCUUGCUAUGAGCUGUGGUAUAGGUUGCAGACGAGGCUCAGAUCCUGCGUUGCUGUGGCUGUGGCAUAGGCCAGCAGCUGAAGCUCUGGUUCAGUCCUAGCCUGGGAACUUCCAUAUGCCACAUGUAUGGCCCUAAAAUGCAAAAAAAAAAAAAAAAAAAAAAGAAAGAAAGAAAGAACAAGGCUCUUGUUCUCGGCCCUCCCUGCCCCCUUGGUCCCAGUGCAAGCACUUCUGCUGACCUCUGGGCUGCCAAACAGCUCUCUGCUGGGUAGGGGCAGACAACCAGUUGCUUGUGCCCAGUGCUCACAGGUAGCUACACUGGCCAAUUCCCUUCGGCCCCAUCUCUCCAGCCAAAAAGCAUCCCAGCCCUUUCUAAAACCUUUUCCCUCCUGGAUAAGCCCAGAGGAUGCCUAGGAUGGAGCCGGAGCUGCCUUAGAAUUGACAUUGUCAGGUCAACCCUAUACAUCAGCACUCUACUCAGGCCCCAUACCAGAAGGUUGAGGGAUCCCCUGUUUCUGGGUCCACUGCUCCUUAGAGUAAAUGCUGUCCUUUAGUCGAGAUCAUGUAAGUAGUCAGGGUGCCCGAAGAGCAACCUGGUAUGUGUUGGCCAGAAAUGUUUGGCCCCAGACCCACACAACGCACUGAGGGCAACCCUUUCUCCUCUGGCAGGGGAGCUAGGUCUGUGACAUCUGGACAGCACCGUGCAGUGUUACCUCCUGUCCCGCCUUGGGUCUUGCUGCCACGGCAUGCCACACUGAAGUAGUUAUGGACUUCUGCGCCCAGCUACUUGGUUUCUUCAUUGUCUGCUCUGCAGUUGAAUAUAUAUCUAUAUUCCUGUCACUCAAGCAUCAUGUGCAUUCCUGGCUCAUCCACACGCAUACUGUGUCACCUGAACUGUGAUGCAGGUCACCUGGAACAGUCUGGAGCGAUACUGUGCGGUGCUGCCCUCCGUGGAUCUGGACGUGACCGCCUCAUUUUUGUCUUGCAGCAGGUGUGUGGCCCUGGCUGGUCUCUUGGCAGGAGUCUUUAGAACCGGACCGCCGUGCUCUGCUGUCCGUUCUGCCGGCCGCGCUGCCUGAGAAGGUGGCUGCUUCCUCCCUCCUCCCAGACACUGUAAUUAUCGUUUUACAAUCGAGUGCCUUAAUAAUAGUUUACAAAUACUGUGUAUUUAUGGGAAACCGUUGAGCUCUCACCUUCUGAGAUUGGAUACUUUGCCUUGUUGGCACCAGGGCUGGAGCUUGCCCUGCCCUGCGCUUGUGCUUAUCUGCUGUGAGGCCUCACACAUGUGCCCACAACCAGGCCAGGAGCAUCGCUAGAAACAGUGCUGGCAGUUCCUGCAGGUGAGGCAGGCACUGGCUCAGCCCAUGUGUCCCGUCAGGUAGUAGUGAGGAAAGGACUGAAUUGGUUGGCUGGCCAGCUGCAGGGUGGUGUAGCCCAGGCCCCCUCUGCAUCGCAGCCCAGCCCCUCCCCUGUCCCUGCCCCCAUCUCACAGUUGUCCUCUUGUUUUUAUUACUACCUAGGCCACCCUGUUUUCCUCUCUGUUGGUGUCCUGAGCUCUUUGCAACAAAAUGCAAGUUCAGACCGCACCCCUCCCCCCACCACAAAUCAGGAACUCCACAAGUAGGGCUGCCCUUUGGUUUCCAGAAGCUGCCAGCGGGUUCCAGUGUGUUGCAUUAUGAUAUCCAUGAUUUUUUAUUAUAUUUUUUUCUUCUUGUUUCUUUUUAUAUUAUAUAUUUAAAGGCAGUAUCUUUUGUACUGUGAAUCUGCAGUAGAUGAGGCAUAAUGCACUUUUUUUUUUUACUUCUGUUGGUGUGUACUGUAUAUAGUCUGUGUGCUUCUUGUGAUGACAAUAAACUCUUUCUUUAUAAA